AUGAGGACAACGACAGUGGUGGAGAGCCAGAGGACGGAGAAGAAAGAAGAGAAGAACAGGGAAAAGGGGCAACCUUCGACGCAGGGUGGUGUCCAAACAACUAUGAUGUUGACGGUAGUAAGGAGUGCGCCGCCGAACAUCGACGAAGUUCGCCAAAGAUGGCCUAGGCCGAGUUUCGAUCUGAGGGAGACAAGGAGAAAAGAGGGGAAGUGUACGGAAUGUGGUGAAACAGGACAUUGGCUGAAGGAAUGUCCUGUAAGGGAGGCAAAGGUUAAGGUUGGGCUGUUGCCUCCCUGGGGGGAGAAGUUCGGAGAACGUGGUGGAGGAUCGGGAGGGAACGCAGUACCUCUUGGACAUAGGAGGAACUUGAAUGUGGUUGGAGGAGAAGUAGAUUUGGAAGAGGACCAGGGAAAAGAAGAGGACCUGUCACAGUAG